UACUAUUGAUCUAUAAAUAACAUAAAUAAGACUUAUCUCCCAUCUAGCAAUCCCGACGAGGAUGUUUUGCUCGGGACUACUCGCGCUUCUUCGCUGCCAUGCCGCUGGCAUUAAAUCUCUUGUCUUGCGAUUCCGAUUUCAGUAACACUCGGGAUGUGAUCGGAUGCAUUUGGUGAAAGCAGCAGUCGUUUGUUGCACCCAACGCAAGUUGAUAUUUUUGUCGCGCUGUCGAGCUUCGUUUACGGGUUUGGGACUCCCAACUAAAUUUCAUUACGCAGCAUCUGCGCUUUGUCCGUCAUUUGUCACGGAUUGAGCUGCGACGCAGCCCCGAACGCCAGGCACAUGGCCCUUCAGCAGAAGCAUAAGCAGCAGCAGCAUCAUCAUCUUGACGAGCACUUUGUCAGUGCUCAUUUAAUAGUGCAUUUAGUAGUGCCGGUUACGAAAUAACUGAACAAGAGCAGUUCAAGCCUGUGUGAAGAACCUGGUCAAGCUUAGUAAGCAAUGGCCGGUAACGAUUAUGUUUCCGUUGAUGAACGGAUUGACGCCGCAAGUGAAGUGUUCGAUGUUUACGAGGUGCUUGGCAAAGGUGUUGACCACCAAGGGGAAGAGUUCAGUAUGGACGAUCAGCUGUUUCAACCUUGGCCGGAAGGACUAGCGCUGUACGUGUACAUUGGAUUUGUCGUUGGUGGAGGAAUUCUGCUCAACUUAAUUCUGAUCAAAGGAAUACUGCAGGCGAAAUACAGUGGUGCCCUUUACUUCGUCUUACAAAUCGCAAUACUGGACAUCUUCACGCUACUUGUGAGCAUCUGGGAGUUGUUCUACAUCAUUCAUCAGCAGUGGAUUUUCGAGACGGAACACUGUACCUUUUACAUCGGCUUCGAGUCGUUCACCAACAUUGCCGUCGUCUAUUUCGUCAUAGGCCUCAACUGCCACUCGAUCUCAACGUAUAACUUAGCCCAGCAGAUAUCGACAGCCAUUGAGGAAGACAUGAGCGGAUCGUGUCAUGAUAGCGAGAAUAAUUUCGACUACUUGGCCGCCGAGGAGAAUAAUUACGAGGUGGCCACGGAAAAUAUAAUCCAGAAGCGAUCACUUACCAUCGAUUAUCGUCACAGGAAAACCAGUAUUUCGGUGAUGUGGCCCGUUCUGCUGGUGUGGUUCAUCGCAAUGUCGGAAUCCUUGCCGCUGUUCCUGUUCUCCGAUGUUAUCUCGACCGACGAGGAUGUCAAGUUCUGCACAGUGCUCAUCAACGACCGCACCAAUCACUAUAUUUUCCAGUGGCUCGUAAUAUUUAUUCGCAUCGUUGUACCAACGGUCACGCUGGCUGUGACCACUGGAAUGACCAUCUUCAAGUUCUACCAGGGGCGAAGGUUCACGCAGCCGAACGAGGUUGACGAGAAUGUUGCUUUCAUCCUGAAGGUUGCGAUCUUUCUCUCGCUUACAUACGCUGUUUUCUCACUGCAGAAACUGUAUGGAUCUCUUCUGUUCGAAGUACUUUCGAAGCCAUUACUUAGACAUAAGUAUCCCGAGUUUGAUAAACGAUCAGGACUGAUAUGCUCAUUUUUGAAUUAUUUUUUAUCCUUUAUCAGACCACUUUUAGUCAUUGUACUUUGUAAGCUUAAACACAAUCACGUUGAUAUAACGUUCAUAUACAAAGCAAGUGCCAAAACGAAUGAUUUGACUUGAUAUGAAAUAAAGUUAAACUUCUAUUCAUUGUA